CCAAAGGCAAUUAGAAAAUGAUUUAUAUUUAUGUCUCUUUGAAGACUUUAUGUGGAUGUAACCAACAUACUGAACACAUGGGACUCAUGAGGUAUAAACAUACAGCAACUUUAUUUUGGUCUCCCUUUUGUUCCCUUUAAGUUUUGUAGGUCGAGCAAGUUAUUCCUCUGUCGCCCGAAAACUCAGGCAGGUCCUGUGACUUUUGUGGUCAUUCUUAGGAGUGACUGUGUAUGCAACAAAAUGUGAGCUGCAGCCUUUGGAGUGAUUUCUGCGGCCUUGGCAGUGGUGAGCGGUUUUGGCCUGAUGUUGGACAUUGGGGUGCCAUUUGUGAUCCUAGUUGCAAAUUCACCGUUUCUUAUUCUGGGUGUUGUGGUUGACGAUAUGUUCAUAAUGAUUUCUGCCUGGCAGAAGACUAGCCUCGUGGAUAACACAAAACAGCGGCUGUCCAGUGUCUAUUCCAAAGUGGCGGUGUCGAUUACAAUCACCACCAUCACCAACGUCCUAGCCCUCUAUACAGGGAUUAUGACCUCUUUCAGGUCCCUACAAUACUUUUGCAUCUAUACGGGAACAACCCUGCUCUUUUCUUAUUUCGAUAACAUCACCUGUUUCGGAGCAUUUAUGGCUCUGGAUGGUAACAGAGAAGGAGUCUGUCUAUGCUGGUUGAAAAAGCCAGAAACUCCUGACCAAAAAUGUUCCUCACUGAAAAGGUCCUGCUGUCUCCCAUGUGAUUCUCUCCCGGAUGAACAAGAAACUGAUAUCCAUCCGAUGAAUUUGUUCUUUCGAGACUGUUUUGGCCCUUUUCUCACAAGCACUGAGUCCAGAGUUUUUGUAGUGCUUAUAUACAUUUUGUACAUCAUAAGUAGUAUCUGUGGGUGUUUCCAAGUGCAGGAAGGUUUAGACCUUCGAAAUUUGGCAAGUGACGAUUCCUAUAUCACACCAUGUUUUAAUGUAGAAGAGGAUAUUUUUUGGAUUAUGGUCCCAGGGUUAUGGUUGUUGUUACUGAAACUCUUGACUACUGGGAUAAAGAUGCUAGGCAAAAAACUGGAACUACGUCUGGCAGAUUUGGAAAACAGUGACUAUGUAGAUAAAAAUCCCACAGAGGUUUGGUUACGAGAGUAUGUGCAGUAUAUGGAAAAGAGCAAGCAAGAUGUAAAUGAUAAGGACACUUUUAUGAACGGCUUGCCCAAUUUUUUAACACGUUUUCCACUUUUUGUGUCUGAUACUAAUAUUUCAUCGUCACAUGAAAUCAUUUCUUCCCAGGGCUUCGUUCAGACCAUGGGUGUUUCUUCUUCAGCCGAUGAGAAGAAGGUGUUAUCCCAGUUACGAAGCAGAGCUGAAAAGUGCGAAAUCCCCCUAAUGGUGUAUAACCAGGCAUUUGUAUAUUUUGAUCAGUAUACCCCCGUAUUGGAAAACACUGUUUGAAAUGUCAUUGUUGCAUCAACCGCUAUGUUCGUUGUUUCCUUAUUGUUAAUUCCUCAUCCACUGUGUUCCUUGUGGGUAACUUAUGCUACUGCAUCUGCGAUUGUGGGAGUAACGGGUCUCCUGGCAUUCUGGAAUGUCAGUCUCGAUUCCAUAUCCAUGGUUAAUCUUGUCAUUUGCAUAGGGUUUUCUUUCGAUUUUUCUGCACACAUUUCUUAGGCAUUUGUUUCCAGCUCUAAGCUGUCAGUAAACCGAAAAGCAAUUGAGGCAGUGUAUGGGCUAGGCUACCCACUGUUACAAAGUGCACUUUCAACAGUAAUAGGGGUGUGUGUUUUAUCUGCAGCUAAGGCAUACAUCUUCAGGACAUUUUUUAAGAUGAUGUUUCUUGUUAUGGUAUUUGGGGCUGCUCAUGGCCUAAUUUUUAUUCCAGUAUUCUUAACCUUUUUUUUGAAGGUCUGUUUGAAUAUCCACUAACAAAUCAAAGACCAAUUAUAAAAUUCCUGAUUGUCACACUCCAAUCUGAUAACAGGGCACUAUUAGAAAUAGUCAAUAAACUAAAAACAAAGGCAUGUUUCCUUGGCUUGGAAAUCCCAUUUAAAUUAUUAUUGAAAAUAUCCUGGAAAAAUCAAUUAGGCUUACAUUAAAAUAUCUUUACUAAAUUA